GUUCAAUGCCUUUCCAUGUUGCAUUUAUUAUUUUCUUGCAAUAAUGAGUGCCACUAUAACAUUUUUCCUUUCAUAUGUCCUAAUUCGGAUGUGCAUUAUUAUUGUUGUUGUUAUGCAGGAAGAAGUCUGGUCUUGAUUGAACUGAACUGUGGAAUGGAAGGUGGUAUAUAUCCAGGGUUUGGUAAUGGAGCUCAAGCGGAUGGCAAGGUUUUGCAGACUUUCCAAAAGAGUUUUGUGCAAGUUCAAGGCAUACUAGACCAAAACAGGCUGCUAAUCAACCAGAUUAACCAAAACCAUGAGUCAAAGAUCCCAGAUAACCUGGGCCGGAAUGUCGGGUUAAUUAAAGAGUUGAACAACAAUAUUAGAAGAGUAGCCGAUCUCUACGCCGAUCUCUCCAGCUCGUUCAGCAGAUCGAUGGAGGUUUCAUCCAAAGGAGAUUCGGCCGGGACACAUGAACCUGAUGGAAAAGCUAGUCAGAAGAGAAUUAGAUCUGGGUAAAUUUGAUCAAGCUAAGCCAUUUGUUAUAAAAUUGUAUUAUCUUUCACUGUGGAAUAAGGGGAGCAUUUUGAUAUUGUAGUAAAAGAAAC